AUGCUACAGUUCGUGGCGGAGAGCAUGAAGGCGCCGCUAGCGGCCCUGCAGGCGUUGGCGGAGCGAGCGCAGCGCCCCGAGCACGACCAGCGCCCCACGCUGGAGGAGAUCGUGGAGGCGCUGGGCGAGAUGCUGCGCCUCUGCCAACAUUACUCAGUGGAGGUGGUCCUCGGCGCCCACAAUAUCUUCGAGGCCGAGGACACCCAAGUCACGAUGAGUUCGAGCGACUUCUUCACCCACGAGGACUGGGACUCCUUCUCCCUGGCCAACGACAUCGCCCUCGUCAGGUUACCGACGCCCGUGGAUUUCACGGAGAGCAUAGCGCCUGUCAAGCUCCCUUCGUCAGACAUCAGUGUUGGCACCACAGUGACUCCCACGGGAUGGGGACGCCCGGCGGACUCUGCUGACGGGAUCUCCAACGUCCUUCGUCAGGUGGACGUGCCUGUCAUGGCGAGCGAGGACUGCGAUAAAGUCUACGGGAUCAUCGGCGAAGGUCAAGUCUGCGUCGACACCACUGGAGGUCAAGGAACGUGUCAUGGAGACUCCGGCGGUCCCCUCAACCUCAACGGCAUGACCUACGGCGUCACCUCCUUCGGGUCUUCUGUAGGAUGCGAGGCCGGAGAACCUGACGCCUUCACCCGCGUCUUCUAUUACCUGGACUGGAUCGAGGAGAAGACAGGCGUGACUCCUUAAAGGUUAUGACGGUAGCGAUGCAAUCUCGUCUUGAGGUGUUACCAAACAAGAAAAGGAAACCGAUUUUAACCCUCAUUGACACUGAUAAUGUAUGCAUUACGUAAAUAUAAGACAAAUAUAAAUGCAUCUGACAAAGUCCA